AUGCACAUUUCUCAAGGGUACAAUGAUAAACGAUGGAAAAACAAGAUUCUCAAUAGAUGGAAACCCGAUUUACCAUUUUCUUGGAACCUCAACUUUCACUGUGGGAUUUCCACUGGCAUGGGUACAACCCUGAAUGUUGCUAAACCAAAAGAGGGUAUGAUUGUUGCUGUAUUUGGGCUAGGGGCUGUAGGGCUUGCUGCAGCUGAAGGAGCUCGGAUUGCUGGGGCUUCAAGGAUCAUUGGUAUUGACCUAAAUGAGAGUAGAACCAAUGAAGAUACAUGA